AUGGCACAUCUCAUCCGGCACAAGAUCUCCAACAAGCUGACCAAUGCGGCCAACACGGUGUCGGACAAGUCCCAGGCCAAGGUCAGCGGCGUGUUCGCCCGGCUGGGCUUCCAGGCCGCCACGGACGAGGAGGGCCUGGGUUUCGCGGACUGCGAUGACUUGGAUUACGACUACAGACACGGGAUGCAAAUGGAUGUCCUUCCAGACGACGGCGGCGAGGGGGGGCUGCCGUUGGAGGGGAGCGAGGAGGGGGGGGAGCUGGACGGGGACAGCCACUACCAGCGAGACGGGACCGCCGUCCGCCGCCGGCCCUCGGGCCUGAAGACCGGGGGCUCGCUCGAGGAGGACAAGCCAAAGAUCACCUCCUGGGAGGCCGGGUGGAACGUCACCAACGCCAUUCAGGGCAUGUUCGUCCUCGGCUUGCCCUACGCCAUCCUCCACGGCGGCUACCUCGGCCUCUUCCUCAUCAUCUUCGCAGCCGUGGUUUGCUGCUACACGGGCAAGAUCCUGAUCGCGUGCCUCUACGAGGAGAACGAGGACGGCAUCCUGGUGCGCGUGCGGGACUCCUACGUGGACAUCGCCAACGCGUGCUGCGCGCCCCGCUUCCCCGCGCUGGGCGGCCACGUGGUCAACGUGGCGCAGAUCAUCGAGCUGGUCAUGACGUGCAUCCUGUACGUGGUGGUCAGCGGCAACCUGAUGUACAACAGCUUCCCGGGCCUGCCCGUGUCCCAGAAGGCGUGGUCCGUGUUGGCUACGGUGGCGCUGCUGCCGUGCGCCUUCCUGAAGAACCUCAAGUCCGUGUCCAAGUUCAGCCUGCUGUGCACCAUCGCGCACUUCAUCAUCAACGUCCUGGUCAUCGCCUACUGCCUCUCCCGGGCGCGCGACUGGGCCUGGGAGAAAGUCAAGUUCUACAUCGACGUCAAGAAGUUCCCCAUCUCCAUCGGCAUCAUCGUGUUCAGCUACACCUCGCAGAUCUUCCUGCCCUCGCUGGAGGGCAACAUGCAGAAGCCCAGUGAGUUCCACUGCAUGAUGGACUGGACCCACAUCUCGGCCUGCGUGCUGAAGGGGCUCUUCGCCCUGGUGGCUUACCUCACGUGGGCGGACGCCACCAAGGAGGUGAUCACCGACAACCUGCCGUCCACCAUCCGGGCCGUGGUCAACCUCUUCCUGGUGUCCAAGGCCCUGCUCUCUUACCCGCUGCCGUUCUUCGCCGCGGUGGAGGUCCUGGAGAAGUCCAUGUUCCAGGGCGGUGGCGGCAGGGCCAGCCUCCCCAACUGCUACGGACCGGCCGGACAGCUCAAGUCCUGGGGGUUGGGCCUCCGGGUGGCGCUGGUGGUGUUCACGCUGCUCAUGGCGAUCUUCGUGCCGCACUUCGCCCUGCUCAUGGGCCUGACGGGGAGUCUGACGGGCGCCAGCCUGUGCUUCCUGCUGCCGGCUCUCUUCCACCUCAAGCUGCAGUGGAGGAAGCUCCUCUGGCACCACGUGUUCUUCGACGUCGCCAUUUUUGUGAUCGGGGGUAUUUGCGCAAUUUCGGGCUUCAUCCACUCGGUGGAGGGGCUGAUCGAGGCGUACAGGUAUAACCUCCACGACUGA